AUGGCCGAAGAAGAAGACUUCAGCUCUAUCCCCCUCCAGGACAGGUUUGUCCACAAGGUGUGGAAAGUUCGAAAGCAGGCCUACGAAGACGCCGCCAAGGCGUUUGCUGCCACCGCCGACGAGUACGACAAUGCCUUCAGACCCUUCCUCUCCGAUUCGGGCAUUUGGAAAGGCGCCGUCGCCGAUUCCAACGUCGCCGCUCAACAAGAAGGUCUUGCCGCGUACUGCGCGUUUCUCAAAUUUGGAGGCAAGGAACACUGCACAAGGACGCGCGGUGUCACGAUAGGGCCCAUUUGCGAAAAGGGCCUGCCCUCAACACGCGCCGCCGCCAAGGACUCGUCGUUAGAGGCCCUCCUCCUGCUUGUCGAGCUUGAUGUCGCGCCCCCUGUUAUUGAAGAAAUCAUUCCCGCCCUCUCCAACAAGCAGCCCAAGGUUGUCGCCGCCGCCAUCACCGCCUUGACCGCCAUCUACCACAACUACGGAUGCAAAACGGUCGACCCAAAACCCGUGUUAAAGGCCCUCCCCAAGGCAUUUGGCCAUGCUGACAAGAACGUGCGUGCCGCCGCGACGAACCUCGCAGUCGAGUUCUACAGAUGGCUGCGCGAAGCCAUGAAGCCAAUGUUCUGGGGCGACCUGAAACCCACGCAACAAACCGACCUCGAAGCCCAGUUCGAGAAGAUCAAGGCGGAACCCGCCCCAAAGCAAGAACGGUUCUUGCGGUCACAACAAGCCGCCAUGGCGCGCGCCCCGCCUCCAGGAGCCGAAGGAGAAGAAGAGGACGAUGGGGACUACGGUGAGGAGCCGGCCGAGAUGGACGCGUUUGAUUUGGCAGAGCCUCAAGACGUUUUUGGAAAGAUUCCUGCCAAUUUCAACGAAGCGUUGGCCUCGUCGAAGUGGAAGGAGAGAAAAGAAGCGGUGGAAGGCCUCUACGCUGCAAUCAAUGUCCCAAGAAUCAAGGACGGCGAUUUCAACGAGAUCAACCGAGGACUUGCCAAGUGCAUGAAGGAUGCCAACGUCGCCGUCGUCACUCAGGCUGCGCAGUGUAUUGAAGUUCUGGCCAAAGGCUUGAGAUCCAGUUACGCGAAGCACCGCGCCACCGUCAUGCAACCCAUCAUGGACCGUUUGAAGGAGAAGAAGGCGUCUGUGGCGGACGCUCUGGGUGCUGCUCUGGACCAGGUUUUUCUGGCGACGAGCCUCACCGACUGCCUGGAGGACAUCAACGCGUACCUCGUUCACAAGAACCCCCAGGUUAAGGAGGGCACCAUGAAGUUCCUCAUUCGCUGUCUGAGAACAACCCGAGACGUGCCAAGCAAACCCGAAAUCGCCUCAAUUGUCGAGUCGGGCAAGAAGCUGUUGUCUGAGUCCAGCGAGGGUCUCCGUUCGGGUGGCGCUGAAAUCCUGGGCACUGUCAUGAAGAUCAUUGGCGAGCGUGCCAUGAACCCGCACAUGGAGGGCCUCGACGACAUUCGCAAGACCAAGAUCAAGGAGUUCUAUGAGACCGCUGAAGUCAAGGCCAAGGAGAAGCCCAAGGCGCCUCCUCCAGCAGCAAAGGCACCGCCGCCGAAGAAGCUCGUCGGAGGGAAGAAGCCGCCGAUGAAGAGGCCAGUCAUGCCUCCAGCUGCGAGCACACCCCCGCCAGCCGAUCCCGAGCCUCUGUCGCCGCAGGCCUCCUCCCGUCCCAAGCCAGCCGGUACCAAGAUGGGCAUGCCGAAGCCGUCGGGCCUCGCUGGCCUCAAGUCGAAGCGGCCUCUUGGAGCACCGGCCGCCGCCUCCCCUCGUCGUCCUGCAGCUGCCCCCAUCAUGCCCGAAGACGACCCCGCCCCUCCCCCACCACAGCCUCGCAUUGGCCUUGGUCGCGGCGGUCUUGCCGGACGCUCGCUCGCCAAGCCUGCUGCUGCCCCUGUACAGAUGCCUCCUGCGUCACCGCCACCCUCCGACGGGCUCACCGCGAUGGAGCGGGCUGAGCUCGAGGAAUUGAGGGCAGCGAACGAGCGCCUCACGCGCCAAGUUGAAGAGAUGCGGCACGAGAGGAGCAAGUACAUGUCUGAGAUCCAGGAGCUCAAAAACCAGAACGCAGGCCUCAUCGAAGACCACACUCGCGAUGUUCUCAGCAUCAAGGCCAAGGAAACGCAACUGGUCCGCGCAAGAAGCGAUGCCGAGGCCACAGAACAGACAAACGAUCGCCUCAGACGCGAGCUCGACCGCCUCAAGAGGGCGCUCAACCACGCUGAAGGCCUCAACUCCAGAUCAGGCAUGGCCAGCCCUGGCCUCGCUUCGCCCACGCAUGAUGACGUCGGCAUCUACCGUGAUGCUUCGUAUGGGUCGUCCUCUGCCAGACACAACCGCAUUAGUUACGCCAGCAAUAUGUCCGAGGAGAAGGAGAACGGAGACCAUCACUACCCUCGCUCAAAGGCGCUUAGUCCCGAACUUAGGUACACGGGCAGUGCGUCCUCUGGUCGUGGCAGCCCUGCUAGAGGCUACCGAAGCUCUGUGGCCACUCCCAUUGAUGAUAUGCCGCCACCUUCGUUCCCUUCCGGCGGAGGAGGUGGUGGUAUGAACUCCAACAACAAUGGCGUGGAAAGCUGGAAGCGUGCCGCCGAGGUGACGAGUCAACUGAAAGCCAGGAUCGAACAAAUGAAGGUUAGUCAUUCGUCCUGA